AUGUCCGGGUCAAACCUCACGGCAAGAAAUCCACAAGUCGCACUGCGCGAUGCUACCAAUCGCGUCAACCAGCCGCCUGUGCGAUCGGCGCCGGCCUCGGCGUCGAAACCGAGAAGGAGCAUGCCAGACUUCGUCGACGACGAGAUCAGAGACGCGUGGCUGGCCCAGAAGUCCGUAGACGACAUCUACGACGACAUCGCUUUCGACGACCUGCGCGACGCCAGGCAGGAGAAGAACCGCACGACCAUGAUUUGGGGAGCCCUGAUGGACUCGGGCCCUACCAGCCAGUCGCGCCACAUGCACGCCAUCAAGGCCGCCAAUCACACGCUGCAAGCAGCUCAUCUAGCCGGAAGCGAGGGGGAGGGAGAAGACGCCGUGGCUGCGUACAAGCGGAACCUCGACUACGUCGACACGUCCCAGAUGCACAUCGACCUAACGUGCGACCAGGUGCGCGCGCGGAUCAACAGGGUCGUCGAGAGCGGCGUCAUGAAGAAGGGCGAGUUCUGCAAGGCUAUUGGGCUUAGCAAUGCGGCGGUCGACGCCUUUCUGGCUAAGAGACACGUUAUGGAGGGGGAUAAGAGUGAGGUUUAUGUUAGUGCUUGGGACUGGUUCAAGAAGCGGGAGUUGGCGGGGUUGAAGAUGCCGGAUGCUAAAGCCAAGGGGAAGCCUGAUGCGGCUAAUAAGAGGCGGAAGACUUAG